CAACAGCACUCAGAUCAACAUUCAGCUUACCGUCAAUGGUACUAUCCUCUGCUAUCUAGCACAGUUUACUUGACCCACUGUUGAGUUCAUAACUGACGUCAUGAUGCGCUAUAUGGGCCACCAGUGCUAAGGGGUGGGGAGCAACAACUAGAUAAAUCUCGCCAGGACGAACCAACGCAAUGCAGUCAACCUCAAUCUAACCAUCCACCUUCUCGUUCUUCAAAAUCCUAAGUCAUCACUACAUCUCAUCACUUCCAAACUCGCGUCAAUUCAAAUCCAUCAUGUCCAGCAACGUCGGGAGCAGCAACAUCUACGAGGCUGGCGACCAGCGCACCUCUUCGCAAUCCGAGCUCAAGGAGCGUGAGCGCUACAGCGGGGGCAAGGCCCACCUUCAGCAAGAUCCCACAGACAACCGCACCACGGCAAACAAGAUUGCCCGCGAGAAGGAGACGGGUGAGGGUGCAAGGAAGAGCGAGGAGCACAAGAUGCUCGAGAAGGAUGCGACGCUACCGGCCCGGGCACAUGGCAAUGAACCCAGCAGAGGCGCGAGGAUCGAUCAGGAGUUGAGGGAGGAGGACGAGGAGCACCUCAGACAGAAGGGCAAGAAGUAAAUAAAAGUGGCCGUCGGGGGUAUUGGCUUGCAUGAUGUAUGCGUCUCAACUGCUAUUAGCUGGACUCUGUACGAUAUAUCAAUGGAUGGUUUAAGAUGACAUGAAUGGAACGCGAUCUAUUCAUUACGAGUCUUGUCUUGUAUGAUGCGGAUGCUGACUUCGUGUCUA